AUGGACCCCCCGCGCUCAACCUACAAACUCCAACACACCCCCACAGGACGCCCCUACAUCGCGCUCCAAACCCACUCACCAACCCCCAUCUUCCUAACCGAGCUGCUCCCCCGCGACGCCCACACCCUCGUCGCCACCAUGUCCCUCCCAGCCGUGAACAACGCCCUCCUCUCGCCGCCAAAGGACUACACGCUUGCCUCGGCCGAGUGGUGGAUCGCGCAUCAGCGGUCGGGGAAGGCGGAUUUGCCGCUGGCGACUUUGCGGGCGGGGGAUGCGGAGAGUGGGGGGUUGAUUGGGGGGGUGAGUUUGGGGCCUGGACCUAGGAUUGGGGUGAAGGGUUCUUCGGCUUUGGGAGAAGCUGGUGGGGAUGGAGGGAAUGGUAUUGAUGUGGAAUUGGGAUAUUAUCUUCAUCCGGAUUGGCAGGGGAAAGGGAUUAUCAAACCGGCAGCGCGUGCGCUGAUUGAGUGGGGGAGGGCGGAGAAGGGGGUCAACAGGGUGCGGGUUAAGGUUGUGGAGGAGAAUAUGAAGAGUCGGGCGAAUAUUGAGAGUUUUGGCGAGUUUGUGAGGGUGAAUGGGGAGGAGGAGUACUUGGAGUGGCCGCUUGAGAAGGGAGGGGGGAGGAAGAAGCUGCUGGUUUUUGAGUGGAGGAUUUGA